AUGGCUGCUAUGGAGCAGCCUUUUGGCGAUAACGAAGUACGUUACUUUCUCGCUGAGAUCCUCAAGAGCUCUUCGAUAAAUCCUCUUGACCUAAUGAACCUCAUUCAAGAAAGAGGUAUUCAGCCUAGCUGGUACGAGAUAGCAUUGCCAAAUGGUCGCUCCGUCUCCUCAUGCAUAGUAGUCUGGCAACACCUCCUAGCAAACGCCCGCGUUCGAUUCACGGUCCCUGUCCAACCUAUGGUCGCUUUCGAACAACCGUCCCCGCAGAGUGCUUCGAAGCCAAAGACAAAGCGUCCAGCUCCCGGCGAAAACGUUCCCUCAGUAGCGGACCGAGUGAUACAGCCAUUCAACUUUCCUCCAGUAAACACUUCGAGCGAUCCUGCCACUGGUCAAGGCGCUACAGCUUCGAUUUCUGGGGGACCACCGAAGAAGAAGCGAGGACGUCCAAGUAAGGCAGAAUACGAAGCCAAGGUUGCAGAAGCUGCAGCGCGCGGAGAAGAAUAUCAACCCCUUCCAAAGAGGAAGAAGACCCCGCGACCAUCACUACAGGGUGCGCCAAACCAGGGCAUGGCCUCCCCUAGCAUGACCGAGGUUGGCGCUGCAGGCGAAGGUUCUACUGGCAAGGAGAAAGCUCAAAAGCCGGGAGUAGCACCUGAAGAGGCAAGCAGUCUAGCUUCUGAGCCUUCUGCUAGGAGUCUUGCUCUUGAGGCAACAGCGCGUGCUGCGGAUCAGAUGCGAAUCGACGAGGGCAAACCCGUCAAAAGCACUAUUCCCGAGACCCAGGUUUCGGAGGUCGAGGCCCGGGAGAGACUUUCCGCUGAUAUGCGAGAGCAUGCAGAGCCUACUGCGCCAGAUACUGUUCAGAGCACUAUGACACUCCAGCACGACUUCACACCACAGAACGACUUCAUAUCAUACCAGGGGCCAAUAAGAGACCCAGCAACAACAGGAUAA